AUGCCUCGUUCUUCUCGUACAGGUGAUUUGAUUUUCGACCCUAAGGUAGAGAAAAUCGCGCGCCGAACUACGAAAGAGACUAGGCAGCUCAGAGAGGAGCAAUCUAGCACUGCAUAUCAGGGACUUGAUCCUGAGAUUGAAUCAAUAGAUUCAAGUGGUGAAGAUUCAAGUGAUCCAGGUCAAGAGGAUAUACUUAUGGCAAAUACAAGAACACUAAGGGAGUUAGCUGCUCCGGAAUUACCCCAACAACCUUUGUGCAUUAAAUUUCCAACUCUAACUGAGAAUACCUCUUUCGAACUGAAGUCAGGAUUAAUUCACCUCUUACCCACGUUCCAUGGUCUCUCGGGUGAGGAGCCCCAUAAACACAUUCAAGAGUUUGAUGUGUAUUACAACAUAAGCCCAACUGAAAAAGAAAUUUUUGGAAAAUUCUUCCUUGCAUCCCGAGCUGCAAGUCUGAGAAAGCAGAUUUGCAGUAUUAAGCAGUACCCUGGAGAAUCCCUAUAUGACUAUUGGGAAAGGUUCAAUAAGUUGUGCACUAGAUACCCACAGCAUCAAAUUAGUGAACAACUAUUGAUCCAAUACUUUUAUGAGAGACUUCAGUCAUCUAACAGAAGUAUCAUUGAUACUGCGAGUGGUGGAGCACUGGCAAACAAGACACCUAAAGAAGCAUGGUUGUUUAUUGAAGCAAUGGCAGAGAACUCUCAACAGUUUGGCUUCCGUGACGAGGUGGAGACGACAUCCAUUCAGCAACAGCUAUCGGAGCUAACAUCUUUUGUUUGGCAAUUAGCUGUGGGGAACGUGCACCAAGCAAAGUUUUGUGGAAUCUGUAAAAACAUGGGCCAUCCCACUGACUCAUGCCCCAUGUUGCAAGAGGAUGGAGCUGAACAAGUAGACAUAGCCGGAGGCGUGCCCGCACCUCGUAGGCAGUACAAUCCGUACUCCAAUACGUAUAAUCCGGAUUGGAGAGAUCACCCCAACUUCAACUACGGGAAUAGGCCACAGAAUUCUUUCUCACAUCGUCCACCAGGAUUUCAGCAAUCAUGGCAACCCAAGCCUCAACCUCCGCCCUCCAAUUCAGAAGGCUCUUUGGUGGAUAUUAUCAAGAGUCUGGCCACGAGUACUACUCAGCUCUAG